ACAACUCCUCCUCCGAUCCACCUGCGCUAAUCCAUCAUACAUAUAAUAUAAUUUACGCGCGACGGCCCUCGAUCUGAUCUAUAUAUACACAUAUGGUUGCCGUCGGAGACAACAAGGACAAUGUUGUCCUCCCGGAAAUGAAGCUUGAAAAAAUGCUUAGCAUGAAAGGAGGCAAAGGAGAGGGCAGUUAUGUCAACAAUUGUGAGGCUCAGGCAAAACAUGCUCGAUCAAUGCUUCAUCUGCUGAAAGAAACCCUAGACUUGGUCCAACUGAGCCCGCCCGCGCCCGGCGUCCCCUUCGUCAUCGCCGAUCUGGGGUGCUCCUGCGGCAGCAACACCGUCUACGUCACCGACGUGAUCGUGAAGCACAUCGCCGGGCGCUACGAGUCCUCCGGCGAGGACCCGCCGGAGUUCUCAGCUUUCUUCUCCGACCUGCCCUCCAACGACUUCAACACACUGUUCCAGCUGCUGCCGCCUCUGGCCAACAGCGGCAUGGAGGAGUGCUUGGCGUCCGCCACCCAGCGCUCCUACUUCGCCGCCGGGGUGCCGGGGUCGUUCUACCGGCGCCUAUUCCCGCAGAAGUCUGUGGACGUGUUCUACUCGGCGUUUUCCCUGCACUGGCUGUCCCAGGUACCGGAAGCGGUGGCGGACAGGCAGUCGGCGGCGUACAACAAGGGGAAGAUCUUCAUCCACGGCGCGAAGGAGAGCACCGCGAAUGCGUACAAGAAGCAGUUCCAGAGCGACCUGGCGGUGUUCCUCAAGGCGAGGUCGCUGGAAAUGAAGGGCGGCGGGUCGAUGUUCUUGGUCUGCCUCGGCAGGACCUCCGUUGACCCCACUGACCAAGGUGGGGCCGGCCUUCUCUUCGGGACCCACUUCCAAGAUGCUUGGGAUGAUCUUGUCCAGGAGGGAUUAAUUACAAGCGAGAAAAGAGACAAAUUCAACAUUCCAGUAUACGCGCCGAGCCUGCAGGAUUUCAAGGAGGUGGUCGAAGCCGAGGGGUCGUUCGGCGUGAACAAGCUGCAAGUGUUCCGGGGAGGGAGCCCGCUGGUGGUGAGCCACCCGGAGGACCCGGGCGAGGUGGGCCGAGCCUUGGCGAACAGCUGCCGGAGCGUGAGCGGCGUGCUCGUCGACGCCCACAUCGGGGAGCAGCUCGGGGAGGAGCUCUUCUUGCGAGUGGCGCGCCGAGCCUCGAGCCACGCCACAGAGAUCUUGGAGCAGCUCCAGUUUUUCCACAUCGUGGCUUCUCUUUCUCUUGCGUCUCGUCGUCCAUCGUAGGCGGCCGGAUGGAUUAAUUAAUUACCCGGAGUAUUUAUUUAAUUGAUUAAUGUAAUGACGAUCGACGAGGAUUUAUUAUUAAUAAUAAUAAUGUGAUUUUUAAUGAAUGCAUGGAUUUAAUUAAUUAAUGACGUAAUUA